AUGUCAAUGGGUGAUUUGUGGGCGAUGAGCACGCUCCUCUCAAAACACUCACUUCAACAAUCACUUGGGAAUACUGUAUCAAGUUCCACGUUAUACAAUCACUCAUCUACUGUACCCACUUCAUCACUUUCCUCUAUUGGCGCCACUCCGUCACCUGUUCCCUCGUGCACGUCCGAAGAAAGUCACGAGCAGAAACAUCAGAGCUUGAUCGAUUCGCGGCUGAUCGCUUCCUCGCUUUAUCCCCAAACAUUUGGAGUACAAUGGCCGACACCGGACUGUUUAUUGAGUCUAAAUGGAUCGCAGCUCAUUCUUGGCGGUGAAGCGGAUCGUUUCGAGAGUGAAGUCGACAAGCCUGAUCCGAGUUUACCAAAGCCAAUUCCCCUUCGUGAGGUGAACAAAUCGUUUCUAUUCGAUUCAAAUGAUGAACCAAUCGUACUUCCACAAAAUUCAACAAGAAAACGAGGGAUUGACUUGAAAAACGAUGAGAAAAGAAAAGAAAUGAAGAGAAGGAAAGGAGAAGAAAAGGAAAAGGAGAAGGAGAAGGAGAGGGAGAAGGAAAAAGAGAAGGAAAAGGAAAAAGAGAUUGGAGAAGAGACAAUGAUAUCACCGGUUAGCGGAAUGUUUAUAAAGGAAGCAUCAACGCUUGCCCCACCAGAGCAACUCCAAAAAGAAGCUGAUCAACUUGACGAGACCGCUGCUUUCGUUGAUGUGACUGAGGAAUCUCGUCGAGUCAUCUCGACAAUCGUAAAUGUCAUCGGGGAUUGUGUAUGCUUUUUGUGUCGAGUUAAGUACGAUGAUGUUUUUCGAUUAGCGCAACACAAAUGCCCACGCAUCGCUCAUCAAGAGUACAAGUGUCCCGAGUGUGAAAAGGUUUUCUCUUGUCCAGCAAAUCUUGCCUCACAUCGUCGCUGGCAUAAGCCAAAGGAGAACGCUGAUGGACAGCAACAAUGUCAACACUGCAAUCAGGUAUUUACGACAAAGAAAUCGUUGCGUUCGCAUUCUCAUCAAUGCGCUCGACUCAACUCACGUUCCCAAUCCCCAUCAUCUUCAACCUCACUCGUCUCCUCAUCUCCUCCAUUAUCCAAUUUCUCAACUCCAUUUCAAUCUCUUUUAAGUACCUUGAUCAGCACUCCGUUAGGCUCAAGU